GAAGAAUAAGAAAAGCGGAAGUCAUCUUCUUGUGGCAGGUGCGUAGGAAAUAAAUAACGUUUUUAAACGUAUUUACUAGCUAAUAAAUAUACCGCUGGUGUUGUAUUUUUUUAUGUUUAUUUUGUAACAUACACAUAUAAAUCAAUGGCAUGAAUGUCUUCGACUUAGCUUCCAUUAUAGGCCCUUAGUGAGAGCUUGCUAGCUGUUGCGUGCUACCCGAUGACUGUUGACAGCAGUUGUAAAUUAAUUUGUUUAUUUCAAAAUGUAACUAGAGAAGACCUGUGGGAGACAACUUAAUGGAAUAAUAUGUAGUAUCUAGCUACGUAACUAACAUAUCCUUGCUAACAUUUGCCAUAAAGAGUGUGUUUGUGGGUGCGUGUGUGUGUGUGUCCUCUUCCUCCAGAUAUAGGGUAGUGGUCUUCAUCCAGUCCAGGUUAAGGAGGUUGCUACCUGGCGGUCUGUCUGUUAGUAUGUCGUCCAGGAGAGAACAAAGUUCCAGGUCCCUUUUAUUCGGCCUGCUGGUUGUACUGCUCUGUGAAGUGAUCUCCUUUGCACACGCUAGUAAGGUAUGUCAAUACUAGGACUAUCAACUCUGGUGUAUUCUACUGUAGCCUGAGUCCCAGAUCUGUUUCUACUGGCUUGCCAAUUCUAUUGCCAGGGCUGCGAACUUUUGAAGAAAGCUUUGAGUGAGAUUUGCUAUGUGAAUUUCAUUGCCCAAUGGCACAACCCCUAGACGGGGGUCUGGGUGUCCUCCCCCAGGAAAAAUGUACUGUUUUAAAGCUCAUUUCCUGCAAUUCUACAUAUUCUGACAUGGCUUAGGCCUAUGACCAGAGUGAGAAAAAAAAAACACAGGUCAGGUGUAUUUAGGACGACAGUUACUUUGAGUAUUCGAGUACUUCGAGCUGACUAGGUGAAAAAUCUGUCUGUGCCCUUAAGCAAGGCCUAAUUGCUCCUGUAAGUCGCUCUGGAUAAGAGCGUCUGCUAAAUGACUAAAAUGUAAUGUAAUGUAAAAUGAGUAUGCAAAUAUUUUUUUACAUAUUUAUUUGGUGGUUUGACACUUUAUUCAGACAGUAAUUAAAUUAGAUGGAGAGACAGGAAAAUGGGAAGGUUGGAUGCAGGGAUUGAUCCCUGUUCUCAGGUGGAAAGCUGGACACAAACAUAUUGUAUUUUGUAAUUUAGGUAAACUAUCUCUUUAAAAUAGGGCUGAAAGAAAAUCCUGCUUGCUCUCCGGGAGGGUUGACUACCCCUGAUGUUUCCCAAGUUCUGGUUGUUUAAAAAUAUUCUUGUUAUAACAAUUAAUUUCUCAAAAUCACUGAACCUUCAAGAAAAGUCUAAUGAAUAUCAAUAUUCUGCUGGAUUAUUCCUACUAGUUGAAGAUCCUUGCCAUCAUCUUACUCUACAUAGACAAAAUAUGUUGAGUUUAUGAUUUUUAAGCCCCCCUAAAAUGUCAACAAUUAUAUUUGAUUCCUGGAGCAUAUAAUAUCCAGUGCUUAUUUGUAUGACUUAUUCAAAACUGUCCAUGAAUGGCUGAAAAAAUACAUAGCCUCAUAUAAUACAUUUUCAAAGACACAAGUAGGCAUAUCAGAUUUCACAUAUGGGAUUACACUGGCAACAUUGGGAAGAAGUGGAAUAAUAAAAUGUGUGGGGAAUAACAGUAGUGUUCUUGCUGACAAGCACAGUAAUUACCCUAUAUUGUUGCCCAUUGUUAAGAGUGAGAAUUGUUCAACUGAUCAGACUAAAUAAAGUAAAUAGAUAAUAAAAUCUCCUGAAGAGAAGAUGACAAAUCUGCCCUUACACAUUUUUACAUUUUAAAUUUUAGUCAUUUAGCAGACUUACAGUUAGUGAGUGCAUACAUUUACACCAAAACCAAAUUAUGUUUCUAUUUAUUGUCCCCCCUCUAGAAUAAAACGUACACUUUUGGGUUCACAAGCUGUUUGACAAAAGUAUUUUCAGUUACAAAUCAGGUCACCCUACCAAACUUCCCUGCUAAAACAAACUGUAGAUCUGUGCUGCCUUUUCGUUGUCACAGCCUAAAAGCCAAUCACCAAACAAGGGGACUAAUGCAAGUGUGGAUUAAACAUGCUGUCAAAAGGCUGCAUUCUUUAAUAUGGGCGGGAGUAACAGCAAAGUCAUUUUGUUGACAUUGUACAAAAAAAGAGCGCUACCAUUCUGCUAUUUUUACAGUUUUAUUAACUUAGCAGAUACCAUUCUCUCUUUCCAUUCAGUUCUAAUCUAAUCUUAAGAGGCAUUUCUUUAAAACAUGCAUCCAAUCCCCUUGAUCCCUAACAUAACUAGACCAAUCAUAUGCUUCAAUGUUCCGCGGUUAACAGUGCUGUGGCAAGACAGGACAAUGAUAGAGGUUCUGCUCGUGAUGGUAAAUUGCAGGCGCAGAUGCUCUGAUUUCAAAACAAUUUGGAGCACAGUUGAAAAGUUAAUGCAAUGACUAUAAUGGACUAAUUAGAAAAAUAAAAGCAGUACUUUUCAAUAAGUGAGAUAUAAGAGGUGUGCCGUGAGAGUGUGAGAAGAGGGUCAAAUGCGUGUCUCACAUCCAAUGCGUGAGAGUUUGCAGCUCUGCAUUGCUCUGAUUGCCUACAACGUUUGGCGUGACAAAUGACAAUCACAGUAAUGGCGUUAACAAGACAGCACAAAUAGAUCUGGUAUAAGCUAGUGUAUACUGCUACCAUUUUUUGAUAAUGCACAUAUCACUGUAUAGUAAUAAGGAUCUUCUCUAUAUUCACAGAGUUUUGAAGAUGUGCGCUGCAAGUGUAUCUGUCCACCCUACAGGAACAUCACCGGACACAUCUACAACAGGAAUGUCUCCCAGAAAGAUUGGUGAGGGAUUUUCUAGUGCAUAACAUGUGCAUGCACAUCAUGCUGAAUUCACAAUCUAGUCUUCCACAAAGAAUCCCCACAUAGUUAAUAAUAAUAAUAUAAUAAUAUGCCAUUUAGCAGACGCUUUUAUCCAAAGCGACUUACAGUCGUGCGUGCAUACAUUUUUGUGUAUGGGUGGUCCCGGGGAUCGAACCCACUACCAUGGCGUUACAAGCGCCGUGCUCUACCAGCUGAGCUACAGAGGACCACAAGUUCUGCUGAGGGGUGGUGGAUUUCAAGUUCCAUACCAUAAAUUAAUAGUUUGUUGUUUAUCAUAGUCAUGGAAAGGCUCAACUAAAAAUGUAGACUACAUCUUGGCCCAGUCCAUAAUGUCAUUGUUACAUCUUGGAUCCAUCCUAAUAUGUUUAUUUAUCUGUCCCCAGUAACUGCCUCCAUGUAGUGGAGCCCAUGCCAGUGCCGGGCCAUGAUGUGGAGGCCUACUGCCUGCUGUGUGAGUGCAAGUAUGAGGAACGCAGCAGCAACACCAUCAAGGUACUGAGUCUGACCCUUACACACACAGUUGAUUUCAACCUCUAUUAACUGGUGUUGGGUAUGGUUAAAUUCCAUGUGCCCAUAGGCACAACUUAGCCUCUUAAAAAACUCUCCUGAGGUUAAGGGUCACUGAUUGUAACUCAGCUAUGGCGGUCUGGAAAGUUACUGCUAAGGACUUAUUGUCCACUUAGUAGAUGGUUUAUAGCCUUGAGUUAUGUUAUGGCAUGUGCUGGCACUGGGAGAAUGGAACAGAUAAGGAUGCUCUUAUAAUAAGGCCUUCGACCUUGUGUUCUUUGGAUUAUGUUACGGACUCUCAGGAGAACGUUUCUGUCUUCCCCCUUUGUGCACAAUUAUUUUAUUAAACCUUUAAAAUACAGUUGUGGUUCGCCUUAUCCUUUGAAUCCAGCAUUUCCACACCUGAGCAACCGAAGAUUCCCAACUGUGGUAAAAACUGACUGGUGGUAAUGCUAAAGAGGAAAUGGUAUAGGAGCAUGGUGUUUAAAACCAUGACUAAAGGAAUACAUUCACGACUAUCCAUACAGCAUAUACUGUACGUAAGGCCCGACUCUAAAAGUGUAAAUGCCAGAUAAAUGAGAGAACCAGACUGAGACCAUUGUACUGAAAUGCACGUUUUUUAUUUACGCCUUAAUGUUUAUCAGUAAAAUUCAUUACAAUUUCAUUAAGGUAAUGUGAUGGCCGAAUGUUAUACAUUAUGGCUGGCUUCCUGGUAACUGAUGUUGUACAGUAUGGCUGGCUUCCUGGUAACUGAUGUUGUACAUUAUGGCUGGCUUCCUGGUAACUGAUGUUGUACAUUUUGGCUGGCUUCCUGGUAAUGUUAUACAUUAUGGCUGGCUUACUGGUAACUGAUAUUGUACAUUAUGGCUGACUUCCUGGUAAUGUUGUACAUUAUGGCUGGCUUCCUGGUAAUGUUUUACAUUAUGGCUGGCUUACUGGUAAGUGUAGUAGAAGGUUCCACUAUUCAGACCGCAGGUUAUGCUGUGGGUGCCAGAGUGGAGCUUAGUGGUGCAGGUUCCCAGGUGGUCAUCGAAGUUCAGUUCCUUCUCCCAGAUCUCAAACUUCAGGGAAGCCCUGGAUGCCACAUUCAGAAAGUUAAAUACGGCACUCCAGGAUGGGUUUUGAGUAUCAUUGUGCCAGUCUGUCAUGCCACCGGAUUCGCCACCACAUCAAACCUUGACAUAGGGGUCAGGGUAAUUACCAGGCAGAGUCCUCUAGAAGCCCGACACCCUGACGUUUGCAGCAUACAUAAUAAUAAUAAUAAUAAUUUUGCUAGGUAUCGUUAGCUAGCGCCAGUCAGCUGUACCUGCGCCAAAACUCCUGUAUGUUUCAUCCUAUAGCUUGUUCUUCAUCUUUUUAAAGAGUGAGCCAACAUGUUUUCAGCACUUUUAUUUCCAUGACUGAUCAAAUAAAAUGUUCUCAUGCUCUAUCUUGUCUCUCUGCAGCAGACAUGGUGAGCAAUAUGUUUAAAAAAUCUAACCACAAUAAAAUGGCAGUAUUGAAUCACAAUACAUUGAAAAUCGUGAGAAUCGCUAUACAUAUCGUAUCGUCACCAAAGUAUUGUGAUAAUAUUGUUUCAUGAGUUCCAUUUGCAAUUCCCAGCCCUAGUCUUCACAGAGAAGAGUAGAUACAAAUAAAUAAAAAGUCAGAAGGUCAAGGAAAUAUAUUUUAUGCUUUAUGCAAAAUGCAAUAAAGUAAUACAGUACACUCUCGUUACAGGACUUGAUAUGAAGAUUAGAAUGGAGUAGGUCUAACCUGUACUAUGUAGUCUGUAUCUCAGGGGAACUAACCACUGAUGUUUUUUCCCUAUGCCCGCUCUGUGUUUAUAAAGAUUUCACGCAUGCAUCAGCGGUGGUUGAUGGCACUUAAAUUGUGAAGGACGGGCUCUGUUGGUGUCAUGUUUUGGCUGAGAAAAAAAAAAGAAUACAAUUGAAAUGUCAACUUUCAAAUGGUAGCACAAAAAUGGUUGGAGGUCCACACAUCAGAGAAUGUUGACUUGAAUAGGAAACCAAUCAAUAGGAAACCUAUUGAAAUCAUAGAAAUAUAGAUCAUAGAAUAGACAUUCCUGUUUAAGUUGGCAUUUGACCGGCGGUCAUCUUUGUUGUAGUAAUUGGAAGUACAAAUUUCUAUUCAAUAUGCAUUUCAAUUAUGUACCAGCUGUGGUCUGAAGGGAUAUGUCCAUUCUAUGAAUUAUAUUUCUAUGAUUGAAAUGACACCCACCCUGCAUUAUUUAUUUUAUUUAUUUUCAAGACUAUGCUGUAUCUCAACCGAUGGCAGGCACAACACAAACCCCUUAGAUGAUGUAAAAUAGGGUCUAAGCUACAACAUAUGAAAAUAAUCGUAGUUGACGUGUUUUUAGAUCAUUUACAUCAAAGGUAAAAAAAAAUGUUGUUUUAGAGAAUUUGGCGGUACGUCCAACCAGCCUCACAACCGCAGACCACGUUUAACCACACCAGUCUAGGAUCUCAAUAUCAAGCUUCUUCACCUGCGGGAUAAUCUGAGACCAGCCACCCGGACAGCUGAUGAAACUGUGGGUUUGCACAACCGAAGAAUUCCUGCACAAACUGUCAGAAAGCGUCUCAGGGAAGCUCAUCUGCGUGGUCGUCGUCCUCACCAGGGUCUUGACCUAACUUCAGUUCGGUGUCGUAACCCACUUCAGUGGGCAAAUACUCACAGUGGUGUAAAAAUACUUUAAAGUACUACUUAAGUUGUUUUUUGGGGUAUCUGUACUUUACUUUACUGUUUAUAUUUUUGACAACUUUUACUUUUACUCCACUACCCUAAAGAAAAUAUGUGCUUUCUACUCCAUACAUUUUCCCUUACACCCAAAAGUACUCGUUACAUUUUGAAUGUUUAGCAAGACAGGAAAAUUGUCUAAUUCACGCACCUAUCAAGAGAACAUCCCUGGUCAUCCCUACUGCAUCUGAUCUGGCGGACUCACUAAACACAAAUGCUUUGUUUGUAAAUUAUGUCUGAGUGUUGGACUGUGCCCCUGGCUAUCCGUAAAUUACAUAAACAAGAAAAUCAUGCCGUCUGGUUUGCUUAAUAUAAGGAAUUUGAAAACUUUUACUUUUGAUACUUAAGUAUAUUUUAGUAAUUACAUUUACUUUUGAUACUUAAGUAUUUUAAAACCAAAUACUUUUUGACUUUUACUCAAGUAGGAUUUUACUGGGUGACUUUCACUUUUACUUGUCAUUUUUCUAUUAAGGUAUCUUUACUUUUACUCAAGUAUGACAAAUGGGUACUUUUUCCACCACUGAAUACUCACCUUUGAUGGCCACGGGCAUGCUGGAGAAGUGUGCUCUUCAUGGAUGAAUCCCGGUUUCAACUGUACUGGGCAGAUGGCAGACAGCAUGUAUGGCGUUGUGUGGGCGAGCGGUUUCCUGAUGUCAACGUUGUGAACAGAGUGCCCCAUGGACAAUGAACACAAUUGCAUUUUAUGGAUGGCAAUUUGAAUGCACAGAGAUACCGUGACAAGAUCUUGAGGCCAACUGUCGUGCCAUUCAUCUGCUGCCAUCAACUCAUGUUUCAGCAUGAUAAUGCUAGCCCCCAUGUCGCCAUGAUCUGUACACAAUUCCUGGAAGCUGAAAAUGUGCCAGUUCUUCCAUGGCCUGCAUACUCACCAGACAUGUCACCCAUUGAGCAUGUUUGGGAUGCUCUGGAUUGACGUGUAUGACAGCGUAUUCCAGUUCUCGCCAAUAUUCAGCAACUUCGCACAGCCAUUGAAGAAUGGGACAACAUUCCACAGGCCACAAUCAACAGCCUGAUCAACUCCAUGCGAAGGAGAUGUUGCGCUGCAUGAGGCAAAUGGUGGUGCCCCAUGGGUACUGACUGGUUUUCUGAUCCACGCCCUUACUUUUUUUUAUUUUAAGGUAUCUGUGACCAACAAAUGCAUAUCUAAUUAAUUUAUUUCCAUUGACUGAUUUCUUUAUGAACUGUAACUCAGUCAAAUAUUUGAAAUUGUUGCAUGUUGCAUUUAUAUCUUUGUUCAUUUUCAUUUGGUAACAGAAUUUUGAGUUGAAUCACUUAAUUACAAAUAGAUGUCAGUAAAAACACUAUAACUAAUUGGUAGGUCUACCUUUACUUGUUACUUCUGUGAACUUUCAUUAUGCUCCCUCAUGAAAGAGAUAAAUUAGAAAAUAUCUUAAAGAUGCAGUGCUGCUUGAAAGUAUGUGAACCCCUUGUGCAAUUACAGAUCUUUUCAGUUUUUACCAUGAAAUCUUCAUUUAAUCAGAACCAGUCUUUUUGAUCUGACAUAACAGGUUUAUAUUGACCAAUACCAUGUGUUGGUGUAGAGGAAAUCAUGCUUGUAGUAGAAAAACAAAAUUAAAAAGGAAUUAGUGCAGGUGCAAAAAUAAGUGAACCCUAAGUUGCGUUGGUUAAAUCAAGUAGGUAAGUAGAAUCAGGUGGGUAAAUAAUUAGCUACCAAAUGAACCAAUCAAAGGAGAGAUCGUUAGGAAAGAGUUUGGGCGGGACCCUGAUAAAUAGAGAAAAGAAACCUGGUCAGUUUGGUGUUACCCAUCCAGGUGAAUGCGAAGCACACCAUGCCGAGAGGAAAGGAGAUCUCAGAGGACAUCAGGACGAGGGUAGUGAGAGUACAUCAGUCUGGGGAAGGCUAUAAAAUCAUCUCAAAAAGAUUUGAGCUCCAUCAGUCCACUGUGAGGCAAAUAAUUUAUAAAUGGAGAGCAUUUAACAUGACAGCAACUCUGCCUAGAAGUAGUGGACGCCCUUCCAAAAUAUCCCCAAGAGCCACAAGAACAAUAAUAAAUCAGGUAAAAGCCACCCCAAACAUAACAGCUAGAGAUUUGCAGACCUCCCUUGUGGCAUCUCAGGUAACUGUGCAUGCUUCAACAAUAAAAAGAACACUGAAUCGAAAUGCCAUUCAUGGGAGGGUUGCUAGGAAGAAGCCUCUGCUGUCAAAAAAGAACCAAACUGCCCGUCUUAACUUUGCCAGAGACCACCUGGACAAACCGGAAGGUUUCUGGAAGUCCAAAAUUGACCUUUUUGGUCACAAUCAACACCGCUAUGUUUGGCGAAAACCCAACACUGCCUACCACCAAAAUAACCUUAUUCCAACAGUCAAGCAUGGUGGUGGGAAUGUCAAGAUCUGGGGCUGCUUUUCCUCCUCUGGACCUGGAAGACUCCACAUCAUUAAGGGAACCAUGAAUUCUGAGGUAUACCAGGAGAUUCUUUAACAGAACUUCAGGCCAUCAGUCAAGGAGCUAAAGCUGGGCCAAAAAUGGGUCUUCCAACAAGACAACGACCCAAAGCAUUCAAGCAAAUCUACCAAAGAAUGGCUCAGGAGAAAGAAUAUUUGUGUUUUGGAUUGGCCAAGUCAAAGUCCUGACCUAAAUCCAAUGGAGAUGCUGUGGCAGGACCUGAAGCGGGAAGUUCAUGCCAGAUACCCCUCAAACCUCACUCAAUUGGCUGAGUUCUGUAAGGAGGAGUGGGCAGAAAUUACUCAAAAUAGAUGUCAGAGACUGAUUACUGGCUAUAGGAGACGUUUAGUCCAAGUUAUCGCUGCUAAUGGAGGUGCGACAAGCUAUUGACUGAAGGGGUUCACAUUUUUUUUCACAUAAGUUUCUGUUAAAUCACUUUUGUUAAAUAAACAAUGAAAAUAUAUCUUUUUUUUUUCUGUCAUGUACUUGGAAUGUCUUUAUUACGAAUUGGGGUUUAGAUAAGGAUUAUAUGUUUAUUUUCAUAUUUUAUAGCAAAAUAAUGACCAGGGUUCACAUACUUUCAAGCAGCACUGUAUGUGGGUUUUGGGUAACGGAAUUUCAUGGCGCAGGGCAAUGUUUCUUAAAUAAUUUCUCAAAAAUGAAAUAUAAGUGUUGAUAUUGUUUGGCAGGGGUCUUUAGUUCAACAUUAAUGUGUUUUGAUGUAUUUCUAUUACCUUUUUAAGACUUUUUCUGGUAGAUGUUUUCUAAGGCCCCUUUUCCAUCUGUUUGACCAGAAAUCAAAGCCUUUGCUUGUUCCUAAUAUUUAGGAUAGAAAAUUGUUGGAAAAUGUAUAUAUGCCUUAAUUUCAACAACAAAACAUAUCUAGACUCUGCUUUAAUUUGACACCAGAUUUGACAUUCUGCUAUGAACUUCACAUUUUUUCUUAUUUUUUUAUUUAAUAUUUGUACAUACUUUUUAGAUACUGUAUUUGCCAAUGUGAAUAAUAAAUUAUAUAUUUAUAAUAUAGAAAUAAUGUUUGAAAUAUCCCUCUCCCUCUGCUUUUUUUUUGUAAUAAUACAUCAUUUCCUCUCUUUGUAUUCCUGCAGAUCUUUUAAUGUUUGCCUUUGCAUUUCACAAAGCAGCCGAAGGCUUUGUCUACCAAACUUUAAUCAAAUCUGCGUUCUAUCCUCUGUCCCAGGUGACCAUCCUCAUCUACCUGUCAGUGGUGGGCUCCCUCCUACUCUACAUGUUGUUCCUGCUGCUGGUUGACCCUCUGAUCCGUAAACAUGACCCCUAUAUCCAGCCCCUUCACAACGAAGAGGACUCUGAGGUAGGCCAACUUUUAAAUACACAUAAGCACACGCAAAUUAAUGAGUUACGUUACUGUUUGAAUUCUGGAAGGUCAGAUAUACAGGAGCUUUAUUUCAUUCAUCAAUUGUAGAGUGCCAGCUUUGCUCUUCCACACAGUCACCACACAGAGGGAUCAUAAACUCACAUUACCUAUCAGUUAAGCUUGAUGUUUUGAUGAUUUAGUUCUCUCUGAUACCGCUAAGUUUUGUUGAGGUCAACCGGUGAAGGUCAACAGGUGAAGCACACAGGUGUGUGAUGUCCUUUGUCUGUAACGUCCUGUGCUCUCUCUCUGUCUCUGUCUCCCCUCACAGGACAUGCGGCCACAGCCUGAGGGUGCCAGUGCUGCUCAGGGAGGCAGAAGUAACACAGUACUGGAAAGGGUAGAGGGGGCACAGCAGCGGUGGAAAAAACAGGUCCAGGAACAGCGCAAGACUGUCUUUGACCGACACAAGAUGCUUAGUUAAACCCCAAUGGCUGACUUCAGAUCAGAGGCUAGAGUCACCUCCUGAGCUUUGUCCACAUCUGCUGCUGUUGUACUGUCAUUAGCUACAUCGUUGUUGUUCAGGAUUUCAGUUCCUUUGCCAUUUCAAUACAUUCCCACCACGUUUAAGACAGUUUAUGUACAGUAAUGUUGUUUGGAAUGAUGGCUGGCCCAAUUGUCCUUUGUUUCCAAAAUGAUGGUUGCUGUCAUAACUCAAAAGCUAAAGAAUACAGAUGUGAUAGAUGUGUAUCGAAAUGAGGAGUAGAACAAAACAGCAUAAUGCAAGUUGCAGUUACAUCAUCAUCUCUGCGUCAUACACUGAGAAUACAAAACAUUAAUAGACAAUUGAGACAUGGAUUGUG